AUGUCUCAAAAUAUUUUCGUAUGGAUGAUGAUGAUGGUCCUGAUCAUCAGCAUCGGAUCAGUACUCGCUCAAAAUCAACCCCAACCCUACUUUCCUCCUCAAUAUCAAAUGACUAUGAAAAAUUACGUGAAAGGAACCAAAGUUUUUUCGGCCUUUGUUGCAGCGGAUCAUGUUCAAGGAAAAUUCUCUCAUCGAUUAACCUCUCCACAAGGAUUUGAAUCGAGAUAUAUCUAUAUCCAAUCCAUUGAUACUUUGUACACUUUAAAUCAAGAAAGUUCAGGUCAAUGGACUUGUAUGAAGAGAGUUCAUAGUGGAGUGGAUAAUUUGGCUAUGGAUCCAUUGAGAGAGCCAUUGUUGGAUGGAAUUUCAUUCACUGGUAAAUUGAAUUGUCAAAAUCAAGAGACUAAAAUGAAUGGUGUGUGUUAUAGAUAUGAUAAGCAAGUUGUGGCGAGUAUGGUCAUUGAUUAUGCAUUGUAUACCAAUGCCACUGCUGCUUACAAUUUACCAAUUCAAUUGUACAAGAAGGUGGCUACUCAAGCACUUUUGACUACUUACAAUGACUUUGUACUCGGUCCUGUCAAUCCAGCCGUGUUUAAUUUGCCAGUUCCAGAAAGUGCAUGCAAAGCUCAAAAUUAA